AUGGAAAUUUUACAGGGAACUUAUCUUGCAUAUGUAGUUGGCAUACUUACCAACUUAGAACGUCGAUUUGGUAUAUCAAGUAAACAAUCUGGAACUUUGUUAUCACUUUAUGAUAUAGGUCAUACUAUUUCGGUAGUUCUCAUUGGUUUUCUAGCUAAUGACAAGCAUUUACCGAGAAUCACAGCCUUAGGUGUGUUAUUUAGCGCAGUUUCAAUGUUUAUCUUGGCUCUACCAAUGGUUUUGUUUGGACCAAAAUCAUACGAUGAAGCUUCACUUUCUCGUCAUAAAUUGCAGAAUUUAUAUAUUCUGGAGAACAUCUGUGAUCCAUCCCGAUCACCUGAUCAGUUAGAACGAAACUGUAUGGAUCAAAAAGAUGAACAUUUUCUUGCAUUCUGUAUUUUAUGUAUUGCUCAAGUCUUGGCUGGCAUUGCUGCUGCACCAUUUAAUACUAUCGCAUAUAUUUACAUCGAUAAUAAUCUGCUAACUUUCACUUUUACGGGGCUAUUAUCAAGUAUGUACGCAUUCGCACCAUCUUUUGGAUUUGCAUUAAGCGCAAGUGUUACAAGAAUAUACACAACAGUUGUUGAUGUACCACCAAAUGUAACAAUUGAAAGUGAAGAAUGGGUAGGAGCAUGGUGGCUUGGUUUUAUCAUCUGUGGUAUUUUAUAUUUAAUUGCAUCGGUUCCGAUAUUUUUUUUCCCCAAAAAUUUACUUGAACAUAAUGUAAACUGCUACGAAAUGCAACAUUUAAGAGAUAAUAAUUCUCAUUUUCAUUAUGAGCAUCAAAUUGCUAUUUCUGAAGACAACUCAAAAUCACAACAGACUUUCCUAGAAGAAAUAAGAACCGCUGCAAAAAAAUUCCCAGAGUUAAUCAAAAAUCCAGUCUAUACAUCAAUGGUGAUUGGAUGGAUGUUUGGAUCCUACUUAUCUGGUGGUUACAGUACUUAUUUACCUAAAUAUAUCGAAACACAAUUUAGUCGCAGCGCAUCUGUUGCUGAUAUUUAUUCAGGCAUUAUAUCAAUUGGCAGUAUAGCAGUUAGUACAGCAUUUGGUGGGUAUUUAUUAACUAAAUUCAAUCCAUCACCUCGAAAAGCAUUACUUUUUUUAAUUGCUGGAUGGUCGAUUAUUGUUAUCACUUAUUUAGUUGGAAUGUUGGUAGGUUGCAAGGAACCACAGGUCGCUCAACUUCUCACUGAUCCGGUUGCUGACGUGCUUAAUUUUAGACCAAAUUUCGCUGAUCUUACAAAAUGCAGUAUUGAUUGUCAUUGUGAAUCAGUCGAUCGUUUUAAUCCCGUUAAUUUCCACAUGGUCAAUUAUUUCUCCCCAUGUCAUGCUGGUUGUCAAAAGUAUAAUACUUACUUACAGAAAUGGGAUUCAUGCAUUUGUGUAGGCAAUGGUGCUGUGGAAAAUGGUUUAUACGUAGAAGAAUGCCACGCCGUAUUUAUUUAUGUGGCAAAUAUGUUUACGGGUUUAUUCUUUGGUAAUCUGUUUUUCAUGACAACAAUGAUGGUUGUUUUAAGAUCAGUGUAUGACGAUGAAAAAGUUUUGGCACUUAGUUUUGCAUCUUGUAUUACCAACAUUUUUGGUUUUAUUCCAUCUCCAAUAAUUUUUGGAUGGCUAAUUGAUGGAGAAUGUCAAAUUUGGCAUAGCAAAUGCGCUCAAAAUCAUGGCAACUGUGCAAUUUAUAAUAACGAAGCAUUCCGUUACGGUUUUCACGUGGCGAGCGCUAUAUUUCAAGUAUUAGCCGUGUUUUCAGCUGUGAUUUGCUAUUAUUUAAGCAAAAAAUUUACAUUUCCAGAAGAAGAAGAAGGAGAUAUUUGUGAUGAACAUAUCCAGUCAAGGGAAAGUGCUGUACAAACUGCAUUAUAA